AGACAGAGAAAGAAAGGGAAAAAACACACAUCUACGACACCGCUUGUCCAGUUGUCCACUUUCUGUGUUGGAUUUUUCGUGUGUGGAUUGGCGCACUGAAAACGGCUAAAUUGUACGCUAACUAUGGCUGAUGCAGAGCUUGCUAAGGCCCUGAAAGACUUGCCGAACCGAGUGCUGAAUGUGCCCGUCGAAGAGCGGCCGGAACUGUUCCAAAAUGUGAUUGCGGUACUGCCAAAUCCCGGUAUUAACGCCACCAUCGUGCGGGGCAUAUGCAAAGUGAUCGGAACAACACUUACCAAAUACAAGGAUCCCGAAUCGCAAACACUCGUAAAGGAACUGUUAGUGGCGGUACUAAAGCAACAUCCCGAUCUAACGUACGAACACUUUAAUGCCGUGCUGAAGGCGCUGCUUACGAAGGAUCUUGCCGGUGCGCCACCGAUAAAAGCAGCCCAAGCGUCCGCCCUUGCACUCGGUUGGGCUAAUCUGAUUGCUCAGCAUGCGGACCAUGGGACGGCGGUGGGGAAGCGGGAAUUUCCCAAGCUGCUCGAAAUUCAAGCCGGUCUGUACCAACUGUCCCUGACGUCGGGCAUACAGAAGAUAUCGGAUAAAGCGUACAGCUUCGUACGGGAUUUCUUUGCCAGUGAGGAAGGUCUAGCCGAACGCUACUUCGACAAGCUGCUAGCGACGGAACCGUCCAGCGGGGUGAUUGUGAUGCUCUGUACGAUUGUGCGGUAUUUGCAGCAGGAGCACGGUUCGGUGGAGCAGCUACUCGAUCAACACAAGGCCAAGCUGCUCGAUCAUCUGGUGAAAGGGUUGAUAACGGUAAAGACAAAGCCACACGCGAGUGAUAUCGUCGCUUGUUCGGUACUGUUAAAAGCCAUCACGAAGGAUGAGUUGCGUACGAUUGUGGUACCGGCCCUGCAACGGUCGAUGCUACGUUCGGCCGAAGUUAUACUGCGUGCCGUCGGUGCAAUAGUGAACGAAAUCGAGCUGGAUGUAAGCGAUUAUGCGCUGGAUCUGGGAAAACCGUUGGUACAGAAUUUGGCCUCAAAGGAAGAAACGGUGCGCCAGGAAGCGGUGGAAUCGUUGAAGCAGGUCGCGCUUAAGUGUGGCGCGCCGAGUGCGAUCGAAACAUUGCUCAAGGAGGUGUUUGCCGUGCUGAACGGAUCGGGCGGAAAGAUUACAGUGGCAGAAUUAAGGAUAAAUUUGCUGCAGGGCGCCGGUAAUUUGAGUUUCAACCAAAUUCCAUCCCAAAAGGUUCAAACCAUCCUACCCGCUGCCUGUGACCACUUUUCGAAGGUGAUCGAAGCAGAAAUUCAGGAGAAAGUCGUUUGCCAUGCGCUGGAAAUGUUUGGCCUGUGGACGGUUUACCAUCGUGGCGAGAUACCGACCAAAAUUGUGCAACUGUUCAAGAAGGGGUUGGACGCGAAAGCGCAAACCAUCCGCACGAGUUACUUGCAGUGGUUCCUUUCCUGUCUGCACGAUGGCAAGCUGCCGAAUGGGAUCGAUUUUACAGCCACGCUGUCGAAGAUUGUUGAACGAGCCGCACAGAGUCCGGCCCAAACGCCGGUCGUGUCGGAGGGUGUCGGUGCCGCUUGUAUUCUACUGCUGACGAAUCCUAGCGUCAGCGAGAAAUUGAAAGACUUCUGGAACAUUGUGCUCGAUACGGGCAAGUCACCGUUCCUGAACGAACGAUUCCUCUCGACUACGAACGCUGAAACGCGCUGCUAUGUGAUGGUGAUCUGCGAGCAGCUACUAAUCAAGCAUCGCAAUGAACUGAAGGGAAACAGCUCUGUGGAUCCUUUGAUUCAUGCGGCAGUUGUCUGUGUGAUGUCCUCGCAGGCAAAGGUUCGUCGCUACUGUUUACCGCUGCUGACAAAGAUCGUAAACAGCGAGGAGGGUGUAUCGUUGGCGAAAUGUCUACUAGCUGAACUAACUCGAUACGUAGAGAGCAUUAAAAUCCUCAACGAAGGAGAUCCGGCCGAAGAGGGUGUUGCACCAGCCCAGGCACUGGUUGACGCCGUUAACACUACCUGUGGUGUCGAGAAGAUUGCUAACCCGGAUGCACAGUCGUUAGCGCUUAGUGCGUUGCUUUGUUCGCAUCAUCCAGCGGCCGCCUCUCUACGGAGUGACCUUUGGGAAAGCAUUCUCGAGCGUUAUGGGCUGCAGGGGAAACAGUUUAUCGCGCUAAAUACGGCUCAAAUCGAAGAGACGUUCUUCAGCGGGUACAAGGCAACGGCCAUGUACGAGAAUACGCUCGCGACACUUUCACGCAUCAGUCCGGAGCUGAUUCUUACCGUGCUGGUGAAGAAUGUGACGAACGAGCUGAACAAUUCGCGCAUGUCGAACGUGACGGAUGAGGAAUACUUUACGUAUUUGACACCGGAAGGCGAGCUGUACGAUAAGAGCGUGAUACCGAGCACGGACGAACAGAUACAGACGGCUCAUCUUAAGCGCGAGAAUAAGGCGUACAGCUAUAAAGAACAGCUAGAAGAGCUGCAACUCCGUCGAGAGCUUGAAGAGAAACGGCGCAAGGAAGGUAAAUGGAAACCACCGCAACUAACACCGAAGCAAAAGGAGGUGAUUGAUAAGCAGCGGGAAAAGGAAAAUGCCAUCAAAGCCCGUCUACAAGCACUGCACGACACCAUCACGAUACUCAUUUCGCAGAUCGAGGGAGCGGCUAAAGGUACUCCGAAACAAUUGCCCCUCUUCUUUCCCGCCCUGUUACCAUCGAUUCUGCGCGUCUUUUCCUCACCGCUUGCUGCACCGGCGAUGGUAAAGCUAUACUAUCGGCUCAAGGACAUCUGUUUCGUUGACGAGCGGGCCGAGCUUGGGAAGGACAUUGCCAUUGCAACGAUUCGCAUGAGCAAACCACACUGCGAUCUGGAGGAAAGCUGGUGUACGGCUAAUCUCGUAGAGCUGGUGAGCGACAUUCUGGUCGCACUGUACGAUGAGACGAUCGAUAUGUACAACGUGCAUCGGGAGGAAGAGGGCAGCAAACGGUAUCUGCUCGAUGCGCCCGCCUUCAGCUAUACGUUUGAGUUUCUCAAGCGAGCUCUCGUACUGCCCGAAGCGAAGAAGGACGAAAGUUUGUUGAUUAAUGGCGUACAGAUCAUUGCGUAUCACGCACAGCUUAAGGGAGACACGGUGGAUGGGAAGGAUUUGGGCGAUGUGUAUCAUCCGGCGUAUAUGCCACGGUUAGAGAUGAUACGACUGCUGUUAAGACUCACCCAACAGCAUCGGGGACGUGUCCAAACGCAGUCCGUUGCGGCAUUGCUCGAUGUGGCGGAAAGUUGUUCCGGUCGGGAGUAUACAACCCGGGCCGAACAGCGUGAAAUCGAAGCGUUGCUAGUGGCGUUGCAGGAAGAGCUGGAUGCGGUACGGGAUGUAGCUUUGCGUGCGCUUGCCAUCAUGAUCGACGUACUGCCCUCGAUUGCGGACGAUUAUGAGUUUGGUUUGCGGUUAACACGUCGCCUAUGGGUGGCAAAGCACGAUCUGUCACCGGACAUUAAGCAGCUAGCGACCGGGAUAUGGCAGGACGGAGGAUACGAGGUGCCGUUCGUAAUGGCGGACGAGCUGAUGAAGGACAUCAUCCAUCCGGAGCUGUGCGUGCAGAAGGCAGCGGCGGCUGCGCUCGUAUCGAUUCUGGCCGAAGAUUCGUCAACUAUCGAGGGCGUUGUAGAGCAGUUGCUGGAAAUCUACCGCGAGAAGGUGGUAAUGAUACCGGCCAAGCUGGAUCAGUUUGAUCGUGAAGUUGAACCGGCCAUUGAUCCUUGGGGUCCGCGGCGUGGUGUCGCCAUUGCGCUUGGGAGUAUCUCACCCUUCCUCACGCCCGAACUGGUGAAGAGUGUCAUUCAAUUUAUGGUACGAUCGGGAUUGCGCGAUCGGCAGGAGAUUGUGCAUAAAGAGAUGUUGGCGGCAUCGCUUGCGAUUGUAGACCAUCAUGGGAAGGAUAGCGUCACCUAUCUGCUACCGACGUUCGAGUACUUCCUCGAUAAAGCACCGAGCAAGGGAGCGUACGAUAACAUACGCCAGGCGGUAGUCAUUCUGAUGGGUUCGCUCGCGCGCCAUCUAGACAAAGAGGAUGAGCGUAUCCAGCCGAUUAUCGACCGAUUGUUGGCGGCACUCGAAACACCCUCCCAACAGGUACAGGAAGCAGUUGCCAACUGUAUCCCGCAUUUGAUCCCCUCGGUAAAAGACAAAGCGCCCGAGAUUGUGAAGAAGCUGCUCCAACAGUUGGUAAAGUCGGAGAAGUACGGGGUGCGACGCGGAGCAGCUUACGGUAUUGCCGGUGUAGUGAAGGGAUUGGGCAUCCUUUCGCUAAAACAGCUAGACAUUAUGACAAAGCUAACGCAUAACAUCCAGGACAAGAAGAACUGGAAAUCUCGCGAGGGAGCACUGUUUGCGUUCGAAAUGCUGUGCAGCACCCUGGGCCGGCUGUUCGAACCGUACAUUGUGCAUGUGUUGCCGCAUUUGUUGCAAUGUUUCGGCGAUUCUUCGGUGUACGUACGACAGGCGGCGGACGAGUGUGCCAAGACAGUAAUGGCCAAACUUUCGGCUCACGGUGUGAAGCUUGUGCUGCCCUCGCUGCUGAACGCACUCGAUGAGGAUUCUUGGCGUACGAAGACGGCAUCAGUUGAAUUGCUCGGAUCGAUGGCGUUCUGUGCACCGAAACAGCUGUCCUCCUGUCUGCCCAGCAUCGUCCCAAAGCUGAUGGAAGUGCUUGGGGACUCGCACAUCAAGGUACAGGAGGCUGGUGCGAACGCCCUUCGCGUAAUCGGUAGCGUUAUUAAGAAUCCCGAGAUUCAGGCGAUUGUUCCGGUCUUACUGACGGCACUGGAAGAUCCUUCAAGCAAGACGUCCGCCUGUCUACAAUCGCUACUCGAAACGAAGUUUGUCCACUUUAUCGAUGCACCUUCGCUGGCGCUUAUUAUGCCAGUAGUACAGCGCGCCUUUAUGGAUCGUUCUACCGAAACUCGCAAGAUGGCGGCCCAGAUUAUUGGUAACAUGUACUCGCUUACCGAUCAAAAGGAUCUGACACCAUACCUGCCUAACAUCAUCCCUGGACUGAAGACUUCCCUGCUGGAUCCCGUGCCGGAAGUUCGUGGUGUUUCUGCCCGUGCUCUCGGUGCAAUGGUGCGCGGUAUGGGUGAAUCCUCGUUCGAAGAUCUACUGCCCUGGCUGAUGCAAACGCUCACCUCGGAAUCGAGCAGCGUGGAUCGAUCGGGAGCAGCUCAGGGAUUGUCGGAGGUGGUCGGAGGACUUGGUGUGGAGAAGCUGCAUAAGCUAAUGCCAGAAAUUAUUGCCACUGCCGAACGGACGGACAUAGCACCGCACGUGAAGGAUGGUUACAUUAUGAUGUUCAUCUACAUGCCAUCCGCAUUCCCGAACGAUUUCACCCCGUAUAUUGGGCAAAUCAUUAACCCGAUUCUUAAAGCUCUGGCGGACGAGAAUGAGUACGUGCGUGAUACCGCUCUGAAGGCCGGUCAGCGUAUCGUGAAUCUGUACGCCGAGUCAGCCAUUACGCUUCUACUGCCGGAACUCGAAAAGGGUCUGUUUGAUGAUAAUUGGCGCAUUCGGUACAGCUCCGUACAGCUGUUGGGUGAUUUGUUGUACAAGAUUUCCGGCGUUUCGGGCAAGAUGACGACGCAGACGGCUUCGGAGGAUGAUAAUUUCGGCACGGAACAGAGCCACAAAGCCAUCAUUCGCAGCCUGGGCGCGGAUCGACGUAAUCGUGUGCUCGCUGGACUGUAUAUGGGUCGUAGCGAUGUUUCGCUCAUGGUUCGCCAAGCCGCUCUGCACGUGUGGAAGGUUGUUGUGACGAAUACACCCAGGACGUUGCGUGAAAUCUUACCCACACUGUUUUCACUAUUACUUGGCUGUUUGGCUAGCACAAGCUACGACAAGCGACAGGUGGCCGCACGUACCCUUGGAGAUCUGGUGCGUAAGCUAGGCGAGCGUGUGCUGCCGGAAAUCAUUCCAAUUCUCGAGCGUGGACUCAACUCCGAUCAAGCGGAUCAGCGACAGGGUGUAUGCAUUGGGCUGUCGGAGAUAAUGGCAUCCACCUCACGGGACAUGGUGCUCACGUUCGUAAACAGUCUUGUACCGACCGUACGUAAAGCGCUGGCCGAUCCUCUGCCCGAGGUACGUCAUGCUGCCGCCAAAACGUUCGACUCCCUACACACAACGGUGGGUGCUAGGGCUCUCGAAGACAUUCUACCCUCCAUGUUGGAGAGUCUUGCCGACCCCGAUCCGGACAUUGCCGAGUGGACGCUGGACGGGUUGCGGCAGGUUAUGGCCAUCAAGUCACGUGUCGUGCUGCCGUAUCUUAUCCCGCAACUGACAGCAAAACCGGUCAACACGAAAGCCCUCUCGAUUCUAGCGUCCGUCGCUGGAGAGGCGCUUACGAAGUAUUUGCCCAAGAUUUUGCCCGCACUGUUGGCUGCGCUGGCUGCCGCACAGGGUACUCCGGAAGAGGUGCAGGAGCUGGAGUACUGUCAGGCAGUUAUUCUGUCCGUUAGCGAUGAGGUAGGCAUUCGCACCAUCAUGGACACGGUGAUGGAUUCGACCAAGUCAGAUAUUCCUGAAACGCGCCGUGCCGCUGCAACGCUUCUGUGCGCAUUCUGCACACACUCCCCCGGCGAUUACUCGCAGUACGUGCCGCAGUUGUUGCGCGGUCUUCUAUGGUUACUUGCAGAUAGUGAUCGAGAUGUUCUUCAGCGAUCCUGGGAUGCGCUGAAUGCCGUUACGAAGACUCUUGAUUCCGCACAGCAAAUUGCGCACGUAACCGAUGUACGACAGGCGGUUAAGUUUGCCAGCAGCGAUCUGCCGAAAGGUGGCGAACUGCCUGGCUUCUGUCUGCCGAAAGGCAUCACCCCACUGCUGCCCGUAUUCCGCGAGGCCAUACUGAACGGAUUGCCAGAGGAGAAGGAAAACGCUGCACAAGGUUUGGGUGAAGUGAUUAAACUAACUUCACCGGCCUCUCUGCAACCCUCGGUGGUGCAUAUAACCGGUCCGCUGAUUCGUAUCCUUGGCGAUCGGUUCAAUGCGGGCGUUAAAGCGGCUGUGCUAGAGACGCUCGCUAUCCUCCUUCAUAAGGUGGGCAUCAUGCUGAAGCAGUUCUUGCCACAGCUGCAAACCACCUUCCUGAAGGCGUUGCACGAUCCUAGCCGCACGGUACGCAUUAAGGCAGGACACGCACUGGCGGAACUGAUCGUCAUUCACACCCGACCCGAUCCACUGUUUGUGGAGAUGCACAACGGCAUUAGGAAUGCGGACGAUUCGGCUGUUCGGGAGACAAUGUUGCAAGCAUUGCGAGGCAUUGUGACGCCCGCCGGAGACAAGAUGACGGAACCGUUACGGAAACAGAUCUACACCACACUGGCCGGGAUGUUGGCACAUCCGGAAGAUGUUAGCCGUGCGGCUGCUGCCGGUUGUUUCGGUGCGCUGUGCCGUUGGUUAACACCGGAACAGGUGGAUGAUGCCCUAACGAGCCACAUGCUGAACGAAGACUAUGGAGAUGAUGCUACGCUACGUCACGGUCGUACGGCGGCGCUGUUCGUUGCCCUCAAGGAACAUCCCGCCGGCAUCGUAACGGUGAAGUAUGAGCCAAAAAUUUGUAAAAUCAUCACGGGAGCACUUGUGUCGGAUAAGAUACCGGUCGCGAUGAACGGUGUUCGGGCGGGUGGCUAUCUGCUGCAGUACGGCAUGACGGAUGGGGCGGCUAAAUUGUCCACCACCGUUAUCGCACCGUUCGUUAAGUCGAUGAAUCAUAGCAGCAACGAGGUGAAGCAGCUCCUCGCCAAAACCUGUACCUAUCUGGCGCGUGUCGUCCCGGCGGAACGGAUUGCACCGGAGUAUCUGAAGCUCGCCAUUCCGAUGCUGGUCAACGGAACGAAGGAAAAGAACGGUUACGUGCGGUCCAACUCGGAGAUUGCGCUCGUACAUGUGCUGCGGUUGCGUGACGGCGAGGAGUUCCAUCAGCGGUGCAUCACGCUGCUUGAGCCGGGCGCACGGGAAUCGCUCAGCGAGGUGGUCAGUAAAGUGCUGCGGAAGGUGGCAAUGCAGGCGGUCGGUAAGGAAGAGGAGCUGGACGACACAAUUCUCACGUGAUCAGCGAUCGGCGGUAUUCCGGAAGGAGGAGGC